AUCAUAUUGUUACUUCAACGGGGGGGCAAAAGAUCCCAUAGUCAUGCCUGCAGGUUACUCUCGGCUCGCGUCUCUAAUGGGCGCCCAUCCUGAAACGGCAAUCGUUCGUCGAUUCGGAUCAUUGAAUGCGCUCAACUUACUUUAUCUGCAAGCUGAGUUGACAGACCUAGAGAAUGGUCUGCAUAAGCAGGCGAAAGAAGAUACCGAGUCAGGACACUUUGAAAGGUCCAUCUACGCCAGGGACUGGCAGACUCUCAGCGAAUCGGUGAUGGCCGAGGAUGGUAACCCGGAGCAGUGGAACCUCAUGUUGCGAGUGAGGGACAAGCUGAGCGAAUACAACCAGGCGUUGUAUUUCCAACACAUGAUUGCGAAGAUCGGACCGCCCAACAAACAAGACUUCUCGUUUCUCCAGACCUGGAUGAAAGCACCAUCUAUGGGGAACGUUUACCUGCUAGGCGCUGACAGCGACGCCUGGGAGAACUUCGAUUCUGCGGAGCUGGUCUGCCUUCGGCCAAGAAAUAGCGAUAGUUGGGGCACUUCGUUCUUUACAGACCGUCUGGUCCGAUGGUAUCAUCAUCUGAUCGGGCACCUCUUCAGGACGCCAGAUUCGUCAGACAUACACGGCAACACCGUCCACUAUUCUCAGGAGGGCAUCGCGCGCCUCAGUGCGGUGGUGGGCACUGUUAUUGCCUCGCUCUUGCUCGUGGGGUCGAUCGUUGUGCUAUACUUGGUGAGCAGCAUGAACAUACGACUCACCAUCAUUGGAAUCUUCACCACUAUCUUCUCACUAGGGCUGGGCCUGCUUACAAAUGGAAGAAUGGUCGAGGUCUUUUCCGCCGCUGCUGCAUUCGCUGCCGUACAAGUCGUCUUCGUUGGCAGUACAGGCUCGGUGCCGUCGUCCUAGUUUCGGUGGAUAGCUCUGGAGAAAGCCCUACUCUGUGUCUCUAUCUCAAACAUCCUGAUGCUGCUCCCCCUGAGCGUGGUUUCCCUGAUG